UUCAGUUUCCCUCCUCGAGACGGAGACGCAAGCAGCAUCCAGACCUCCUCCUCCUGGGUUUUCCUCUUUUUUCAUCACCACCACAAAUGCUUUUAAUGGCCUUACCAUAAACAACAUAAAACCUUACCAAUGCAUUGCUAACGACUAAUUGGAUCUUCCAGUUAAUCUAUAUAUAUAUAUAUAUGUGACAAAAAAUAAUUGAACCGUUUUUUUUUUGAGGUCAACAGAAAGAAUCUCUUCACGAAACCAAUUCCGAAUCUGUCGGAGAAAAGAAAAAACCGUUUGAAGCAAACCUUUGUUUCUUAUCCCUGGACACAAUUCGCACUAGUUUCGUCUCUACGUGCUUUUCCCUCUCCCUUUAUACACUGCAAUACACUAUAAUAUAAAAUAUAUAUAUAUAUAUAUACACCCUGAUAAGUGUGUAGGUGUGUAUACGUUGGUUACAUGGAUUUGAAAAGCGCUCCGUUCAAAAAGAGAUCCUCAUAACGAGCAACAAGCAUUAAAAUCAAAGAAUUUCAGACGAAAGACUGUGUUUUGGAGUUUGUUUUUGGAAAGAAAGAAAAACAAAAAAACAAAACGAAAUAAUAAAAGAGAGACAAAAAAAAAAAACUGAAAUAUUUCAGGAUGGAAUUCUUCGAUUUGAAUAACGAAGAAGUCCAAAUCCUUCGUUCUUACAUCAUAAACUCUCUCCGGAAUAAUAGAAUCAAGGUUCCAAAGAAGUCUUGGAGUUCAGUACAUUCUGAGUAUGAUCAUUCAAGCCAGACAUUCGGAAAUUAUCUAACGUAUGUGCCCUUCUAUCCCACUGAUGACUUUGGACUUGUACCAACAUUCCUUUUACGUGCUUUUGAAUACAUUGAGAAGAAUGAAUAUUUCAAAAUGGAAGGCAUUUUCCGACGUUCUGGAUCCCAUCAGCGACAGAAACAGGUGUCGGCUGACAUUGAAGCUAACAUGGAUUUCUCCAUAGCAACUUUGUUUGAUAUCACUGAUCUUGUAAAGACUUUCUUCCGUAAACUGAAGGAACCACUGCUGACCAAUCUCUACCAUGACAGCUUUAUGCAUGUCGUCCAACAUGAUGAUUCCAAAUUCGCUGAUGCUUCCCUCUUACUGCUUUGUCUACUGCUGCCAUAUGAACAUCUCUACACACUGCGCUUCCUCACUUUAUUUUUGGCAAAAGUUGCCUCUUAUUCAGACAUGAAUGGCAUGACUGCUAAAAACCUAGCAGUUGUGCUGACGCCAAGCAUAAUUAGCCAGUCUAAGGGCAAAGGUAGUGGAAGUGGCUUUAGCGAUCCCCUUAAGGUUGCCAAAGGUCUUGAAAGCGAAAUUAAGGUGUUGGAGAAAUUGAUUAACAUUGCACCUCGUGUUGGUAUUGUACCGAAGAUUUUUCUAGAUGAAGUUCGCCGAGAGAUAGAUCUCAAUAAAAAAAAGGCCAGUUUCACUCAGGAACUAAUCAAGCAUUUACCAUGUAUCUGCUGAAAACACAGAGACUCUCUCUAAAAAAAAUCUCUUGUCUAUUUCAGUCAGUUUCCUGUAUGAAAGAAACAAAACUGUACAUAUUCAUUAUCAAUGCCUGGUAAGAAUGAUUCCAAGCACCAAUGAAAGAUAAUUCCAUGACAGUUAGGUUGGACCUAGCACUUUCCAUUUGCGAUGGAACUGGGUUUUUGAUUUUUUUUGUUUUUUUUUUACACCUAUAUACAAGGGACCAUUUUCUUGCUGUUGCUCCGUUGCAAAAGCAGGAGGCUGCAUCAUGGACCAGCAUGAGCUGUCACAACAAGACAAUCCCAGAAGUAAGGGCUUAGAUCAUGGACCAAUAUGAGCUGUGGACAUAACAAUCUGCGAAGUGUUUCAUAUAUAUAUUUUCUGUAUUGUAAUCCAGCAAAAAGUUUUCAGAUUUUUAAUGUGUACAUGUGUUUUAACCAUUCAUUCUUCAAAUCAUCUAAUUUUUACUGAAGGUUUGUUUCAUCCUGGUACUUCAUAUAAGUCAAUUGUAACCACUUAGUAUACUCCAGUCUCUUCCUCUCAUUACAUCACACAUUUACCCACGUGUACAUACAUCAUGUGUACAGGUAUCAUGUCCAUCAGAUGAACAUGGAAUAGUAAACAGGGUAUCUAGCUCCUACAGUGGUGAAUAUUAAGGAUCUCGGUCACAGUUAAGAGUAAUUGAGACACCCCUAGUUGUAUUAAAUAUUGUAUUUGUGACCCCUUAAAGGUGCAGUUAGGAUCCCAAACCGCAGUUACAUUCACCAGUGAAAUUAAGACUGACCUUGAUUACCUCAAACAGGUAUUUAAAAACUCAAUCAAUUACAUCCAACAAUAUUGUGGGUAUUUCAAUUAUACCCGGUACCAUAGUUGGGACCUCAAUCAUUUGGGUGGACCUCAGUUAUACCUAUCAGUAUGGUUGGGAUCUCAGUCACAAUCAACCAAGUCCUUAAUCACCUCCAAUAAUGUAUUUAGGCCCCUGUCACUCUAGUAAUUUACUAGUUGCACAUUUUGUGUAUGUAUGAUAGACUAAGAUUACUGGAUGCCUACCUUUCCAGAGUAAUUACUUGAUAAAGGUGUAGUAUUAUUGGUAAUUUGGUAGCCAAGGAUAUAUACAUAUGUAUGUUCGUUUCCUACAAAGUAUGUAUGUUAUUGUAUAUAUAUAUAUUUGUGUAUGUAUGCUUAUGUUCAUGUUCACUACUAAAUAUAUCCAAUCAAAAGAGCCAAUCACUUUAUUAACAUAACUAAUUGUAUUCUGUGACAUAAUUCCAUGAGAAACACAUUAUGGAUGAAGUGUUUUCUGCAAUUAGAACUGACUGCUGUAUUCAAGACAUUUUCAUUCUGAAAUCAAAAAUACUUGACAAAUGCAUUUUGUUUUUUUGUUUUUUUAUGUUUCAGUCAUGUUUGGAUUUAAUUUUUCCAUUUUUUGUUUUUUUUUUGUUCAUUAUAUAAUUCUGUUAAUUUUACUGUUUCACCUUAACAUUUAACAUCAAGAAUGUGAGUUAAUACUUUGAGUGUGGAGUAAUUUUUGCUUGGUUUUUUAAUUUUACUGUUUGGCCUGGUACAUUCGAGGAUUCAACAUUGACUAGGCAUUUGUGGGUUUUAAUCAUUGUUAAUGUAAAUUUGAGCCUUUGGGUGUCUAGUAAAAGCUGCUUAGCUGAAAAUAUACCCAGCUUUUAUGUUUUGUGUGUUUGAGAAAAAGAUCUGCUAUUCAUUUAUCCAAUUUCACUGAACUUUAUAAAAUAAGCACUUCCACAGAGAUCUGUCCGAGCUAUAUGAACUUGGUAAAAUGGAUUAAAAGAAGAAUUAUAUUUCCUAUAUAAAUAUAUUUUGCUCAUCUUCCUAAUAAACUGCCUGUCUCAAAAAUAAAAGCAAAUGAAACCACUAAUUAUAAUCAUAGUAACAAUGAAUUCAUCAAUUUGAAAGACCAAUGUAAGAGUACAGUAAAACUGGGCUGCACUGUUUCCAUGUCAUUUCCAUUCCAAAUCACUUUUUACUGUGAUAAUAAAAGUUUAGUGACAAGUUUGUUGCUUAAGUUAUUGAUGGUAAUGCUAACUAACCGCUUCCACAAUCACUACCACACUAUCGUUGCUAACUGAAAGAUUACAUUCUGAAAUGUUGUCAGUUUUUCUCUCCUUCCUUAGAAAUAGUCAUGAAUGAGAUAUUGUACAAAUGUUGGUUCCGUUUUUUAAAAGGAAAAGUAUUAAUAUUGUGUAACUGAUGUCUACCUGAUAAAGACUUACUUCAUUGAGAUUCUAGCUAACUUCUCCCUUUUCUGCAAAUGGUAGAUGAUGUUUUAGGGUUGUUAACAUCUGCUGACAAAUGAAAUUUGAUUAAUAUCUGCUGACAAAUCAAAGAUGAGAAAUUGUUUUUAUGGUAAAUCAAAAACAAAA